UCCUGAUGUAAUAUUUUUUUCAACUGUUUGUGUUUGUUUGUUGGUUGAUUGUUUUUUUUUGUAGACUUAAAUGGUCAACUUACCCCCGAGACAUGAAGAAAAACUUGCCAUUGAAAGGUGUUUACGUUCUUUCAUAAUCAAGUCAAUACAUGCUAUCGUACAAGCUCGCAACGGGAUUGUUUGUAAUACUAAUUGUGUAUCUGAAGUUGGCGCCAGAAAUAAUAUGAUGGUAUAUGUAGAAGAAGAUCCAGAGAUUGGUGCAACUAUCAAACAAACAUUAGAUGCUAAUUUUCCUGUACAUGUACAAGAUUUAGUUAGUUUAGAAAUAUUAGCUCAUUGGCCUAAAGAACCACAAAUGUUAAUGGUUGUUGAAGUAUGGCAAUUUCGAUUGGAUAUUAUUGAACGACUUAGUACUACUACUACUACAACUACUACUACUACAACAACAACAACUACUACUACAUUACAGUCUACAAACAAUACUACUAAUUCAACAACGAUUGGUACUAACAGUAGUACACCACCACCAACAACAACAACAGCAACCACCACAACUACAACAACACCAACAAAUACUACUAAUAAUACUACUAAUAAUGUUAAUAAUUCACCUCCAGCAACUGGAAAUAAUUAUCCAGAUGGUGCUAAAUCCACUGAAUACGCUGUGGAUGAUUUUAGGCAUCUACGUUUAUUUGAAAAACUUGGAACUUUGUUAAAAUCAAUCAUGGUAGUUACUCGCUUAUUACCCGGUUAUCAACUUUCACGUCAUCAAGAUCCAAAUGAUUAUCAAAUGUGUUAUACACUUCGUCGUGGUCCAAGUGAUCUUACACGACUUGGUUCAACACCGAAAACUUAUCAAAUUGGUUGUAUAUUCUCUGGUUUAGCUAUACCAAAACAAUCAUUAAAACAAGAUGAACAAAUUAUACCUGCAAGUUAUCCAUCGUUAAUUUCUAAUUCUAUAUUAUUUGAUCAAAAUAUAACAGAGAAUGAAUAUAAUCUUGCUGAUUUAAUUAUUGCCAAUGGUUUAUUACCAGUGUAUUUAGGUACAACAGUACAUUAUCGUACAGAGAUUCAUUAUAAUUCUAAUCAUAAAUUAAUACCUAUUAAUGAAAUUAAUGAAAUACUUGAUACAAAUGAUCGUCAAAGUGUCAACUUCCAUGCAUUACAUCAUCAUCAUCAGCAGCAGCAGCAGCAACACCAGCAGCAUCAGAAAAAAUCACAAAAACAUGUUCGUGUCUCAGAGAUACCUAUUAUUAAACCGGUCAGUAAUACACAAACUAUCGUUGAUAUGACUCGUUAUGAACAGUCCAAUUUGCCAUGUCGAGUGAAACCAGCUUUUGCAGUUGAACAAUAUGAAUCGGAACCGGAUGAAUAUUUUGAUCCAGCCAGUCAAUUAUUAAGUAGAAAAUCAGCUCAACGUGUUGCUCGAAAAUUCAAACAUACAGGUAUAUUGGAAACACAACAAGAACACAUGAUUGACGACUCAUCAUCUCAUGACGAGGAUGAUGACGACGAUGAAGACGAUGAUGAUGUUGAUGAUGAUGAUAAUGAUGAUGAUGAUGCGAUUGAUCACCACUAUUCAGGUGUUCAUACGGAAGAAUACACUUCCAAACAUUCUCAUGACUCUUCACAGACAAUCAAUAAAGAACUAUUUCAUACCACCAAUCAAGUAGUAUUCGAUAUGAAUGAACAAGCCAAUGCACCAAUUAUUAAUCUACAUGAAUUUAUUAACAAUCUUCGUUCACAAUAUACUAGUUCACCGUUAAUUGACAAACAACAACAACAGCUGAUCAAUGAUCAUGAUGAAACUGACAAUCAUCCAAAUGAAGAUGAUGAUUGUGACGAUGAUGAUGACUUAGUGCAUAAACAAGUACCAUUGCAAUUACCAUUUAGUACAUUCGGUGUAAGUGGAGCACGUUUAACGCAUUUAUUUACGGAACUACGUGAAAAAGCUAAUCUUGACUUGUUUCAUGUACCACACAUGACUGCUACUACUUCUACUACUACUACAACAACCAACUCUCCUAGUUCUAUGAUGACUAUGAAUAAUAACACGACGACGACAACUACCAGUCCUACUACUAACAACAACACCAACACCAACACGAAUACAACUCAAUCAUCUUUAUUCGAUGCAGAUGCUUUGGUGGAUGAAUUAGAACGUCAUGAGAAAACAUUGAAAGAGUUUGAUGAUUUUUUAUCGGAUUUUCAAAAUAUUGAAUCAUUCGGUAUUGUUCGUCCUUCAACCGGACCGACAGGACCAUCGGAUUUGAUUGCCCAACAACAGCAGCAACACCACCAACAACAACAGAAUGUUAUUCUCCGUGCUGUUGUCGAUGGCGGUGAUCAUAGUCCCGCCGCCGCCGCCAAUACUACUGCCACUGCCACUGGCGCUACAACUCCUCUACCUGACUAUACAAACUUUGUAUCUUGUCAAUAGGAAUAUCAUGAUGAUGGUAGACCUUUUUCAUGUUUGUUUCGGUUUGGUUUACUGUUUUGUAACCAUCAGUUAAUAUGAUCAUGGAUAAUUUACAUGAGUCGUUCUCGUGUUUUCUGUAUUUUUCUUUUUCGGUUGUUGCUGAUUUGUAAAUUUGUUUUUUUUUUUUUACAUUUUGAUUUGUAUUGCUGGGUGUGUGUGUGUGUGUGUGUCUGUUGCAUUUCUUAACAACAACAACAUCAUCAUUUUUCCUGAUCUGCUGUUUUACCCCUCUGGGUUUUUUUUAUCUCUUUAAUUUCUAUUGUUUUUUUUUAAAAAGUCGGAUUAUUAUCAUGUAAAUUAUACUACUAACUAAUCAGUCAUUAUAUAUAUAAAUAGA